CUUUUCUUUUUCCCAAUCUUUUCAAGUAGUGAGGAAGAUUCCUUUUCAAACCGAGAAAAACAAUCUAGUUACUUUGAAAAGUUCCACCACCAUGCAGGUCUUUGUCAAGUCUCUUUCCGGCCAGACCUUGGCUAUCAACGCCCAGGCUGCCGACUCCAUCAGCAAUGUCAAGUCCAUGAUCCAGGAGCGCGAAGGUAUCGCGGCUGCCAUUCAGCGCCUCUCCUUCGCUGGCAAGACCCUCUCUUCGGAGACUCUCCUCGCCACCAUCCCCGCGAUGGCCACCUUGGACCUCAACAUCGAUCUGUUGGGAGGUGCUAAGAAGCGUAAGAAGAAGACCUACACCACCCCCAAGAAGAUCAAGCACAAGAAGAGAAAGGUCAAGCUGGCUGUUCUCAAGUUCUAUCAGGUCGACAACAACGGCAAGAUCACUCGUCUCCGUCGUGAGUGCCCCUCCGAGACCUGCGGCGCUGGUAUCUUCAUGGCUUGGCACCACGAUCGUCAGUACUGUGGACGUUGUGGACUGACCUAUGUCUUCAAGAAGGAGGGCGAGACUGCUUAAGUGCAAGCAUUUUUGUUGAGAAGAAAAAAACUCUUACUGUCCAGUGAGGUUUUUUGUUUGGACUUGACAUGUUUAUUGACGGGCAUUUAUUUUGAUCUCAAUAAAAUGGACGUAAUGGAGACUUGUCAACGAAA